UUCAGUAUCAAAAGCGGACCUCGAUCUACACUCGGGCUUACCAGUGUAAGGGAUACCCUGCAGCGCUUACCUUGUCCUUCGCUCCCGCGAUGUCCCUCCUGCAGCGUCCCCGGCCAUCUCCUCCGGCCGAUGCCGGCAUCCGGCUUCUGUGUCCCGGUCCCUGUGACGUCGGGACGUACGGGGGCCGGAACCGGCGGCAAAUUUAAAAAUUUUAAAAACUGUCAUUUUUUUGUAAAUUUUGUCCCUAGUGCUUUGUCCUGUGCCCUGCUUGCAUUUUGACUGUUCUUUCUG